CGUGUUAUUGAAUGUGUUGUAUUUUGUUCUGAAUAGCAAGCAUUUUAAUUGGUCUUAUAAAUCAUACCGUGAUUUAGAGCUGCUUUUUGCUCGUUAGUUUUCUAGACAUUUUCAAAGCAUUGUUUUUAAUCUAAGCACAUAUAAAUGAAAAAGAAAAAGAAAACAUCGUUUAGAGAUGAAGUUGUUGGCGCAGAGAUUUUUAGCGACUCGCUGUUGACUGGCCAUGGUGGUUUAGAUCAUGGAGUAAAAGGAGCAUCGAGAUGGGCCCAUGACAGUGCGGCAAAUCAUACAGACGACGAAUUAGGUGCUCAACACGAAACAAAGAAAAGUCAUGUGUUGUCGUCCAACGAGGUCGCUGAAAUAUUGGAAAAUUUCCGGGAAAACUUGGAGAAAUCCAGAUACAUGUUCCAUGCCCUAAAAGACAUACCACCCCAUGGCCAUGACGCCUGGAAGAUCCAGUUUGGGAAAACUUUCGAGAUCCAUAACUUAGUUUGGAAAAUGCAACAGAGGCACAGGAGUGUUCUAGUGGAGAAAGGAGGAUUACGCAGGAGCGAGAUUGGAGAAAUUGCCUCUAAAGUUGGUCAACUGUACUACCAGUACUACAUCAGAACAUCUGAUGUUUCGUAUUUGCAAGAAAGCUUCAACUUCUACAACGCUUUGCGACUCCGAAACUAUUUCAAAGAUGUAGAGGGCGAGCCAACUUCGUACAGAAUGCUGAAGAAGCUUCGGUUCUACACGCGUUACUUAGUUGUUAUUCUCCUGUUGGGAAGGAUGCAGCUAGUUCUAGAAGUCAUGAAGGAGUUUUUUCAUUUUGUGGCCCAGUUUUCGAGCGUGUAUCUGGAAGAAAAUCAAGAAGAGUGGGCCAUUGUGUGCUCAGAGCUGCAGACGUUCAAUCAGAAAGUAGCACUUGUGAAGAUAAUCUCCUCUAAGACGACCAAACAAGGAAACCCUAUUCAUUUGGACCCCGUGCUGAGGCUUAGCCAUGAGGAUGUACCUAACAUAGAACAGCAAUUGCCUGUCAAGAUUACCAUCGGAACAGCUGUGGUGGUUGGAAACGCUAUGGGACAGGUGAAAUUCAACGAUCUCUCGAUUGACAUGUUCCGCAUAGUAACGUGCUUCGAGUUGGAGAAAGUGGAGAAGAUAGUUGACAAAUCAAACUCAAUUGGCGAUGCGCCAGCUGCCAACAAAUUAGUAGUCGAGAAAUCUACUCUACAGAAUCAGAAACAAGCUCGACCUCAUGAACAACAAGACAACCCCGUGAAAUACUUGUUGUAUCAGCCAAGUAUAUCGUCGCUGAACAAUUACUUGAGUAGCGCCUUCAAGGAACUCAAAGACAAACAGUGUCUUGUGGUGUACAUAUCAGGCGAGGAGUCGGGAGUCCAUGCCGACAUGGGAGGGGAGAUAUCUUACGGCUGUGGGGGAGUAGCUACCAACCGCAGAAGCGAAAGUGGAUCAAAAUCGCAAUCAAACUUAGCCGCAGGUCCAGGUAUUGGUCUAAAUAACCGCAGACUACAUAUCAACGAUGUAAAUUGCCUAUACCCCGGAGACCUGUUUCCAUACACCAGGAAACCUUUGUUUCUUAUAGUCGAAAGCAGCAACGGACUCCCUUUUUUACAGAUCCCAAACUGGUUUGGAGAGCCGUUUAUGUGCAUAAUAGCUCCGCAAUUCAUGCCCCAAGCUGUUGAAGACAGCAUGGAAAACGCAGGGGGACUUUUGACUCUAUUUCUGGCCGACCCUCUCAUGGGAUUGUGUAAGGUAUGCGGCCUUGAAGACAUUUCGGAAAAACAGCACUCAAAUUGUACGGUAAUUCUGAAAACGUUCUACCUCGAAGCUGCAAAGUUCUGCCAUAAAUCGAAAGAGAUUCAUUUUCAUAUUCUGUGUUUUAUGUCGGACCAGUUUCUCAGAAUGAUUAUUCUGAAGUAUCUGUUCUGCUCUUAUGUUCUAAGACUGCACAGGUCCUUCAAAAACUGGACUCAGUGGCCGAAAAGCUAUCCCGAUUUCUCUAUCGAUCUAAUGGACAAUUUGGUUCUGGAAAAGAUAGUUAGGGACAUAUCAGUGGAAUUGGAGAUUCAAACUCUGUUCAAUGAUUCAGUCAGAUUAUAAAACUGUGAAUUUAUUCAAACUUAAAAUGAAGAUACAUUUAUUAGACUUCAAAUUGCGUUUAAGUCUCUAUUAAUGCUUCGUGAUUUGCUCAUAAUCAAAAUUAACUCACA